CCCCGAACGCUGGCCGGGCCGGGCCCCCGGGUUAGGCUGCGGCGCGGGCUGGCGGGAGGGCAGACGGGCGCUCGCUGCUGGCCCCGUUGUCCUGCGGCCGCCGCGGCCUUCGCAUCCCCCGGCCCCGCCAUGGAGCCCGGACCCCCCGCCAUCCGCGAGGGCUGGUUCCGGGAGACGUGCAGCCUGUGGCCUGGCCAGGCCAUGUCCCUGCAGGUGGACGAGCUCCUCCACCACCAGCGCUCCCGCUACCAGGAGAUCCUGGUCUUCCGCAGUAAAACCUACGGCAACGUCUUGGUGCUGGAUGGAGUCAUCCAGUGCACAGAGAGGGAUGAGUUCUCGUACCAGGAGAUGAUUGCCAACUUGCCCCUGUGCAGCCAUCCCAGCCCACGAAAGGUGCUAAUCAUUGGUGGUGGGGACGGGGGUGUCCUUCGGGAAGUGGUGAAGCAUCCAUCCGUGGAGUCAGUGGUCCAGUGUGAGAUUGACGAGGACGUGAUCCAGGUCUCUAAGAAGUACUUGCCGGGUAUGGCUGUGGGCUACUCCAGCCCGAAGCUGACCUUGCACGUUCGGGACGGGUUCGAGUUCAUGCAGCAGAAUCAGGACGCCUUCGACGUGAUCAUCACCGACUCCUCGGAUCCCAUGGGUCCUGCCGAGAGUUUGUUCAAAGAGUCUUAUUACCAGCUGAUGAAGACAGCGCUGAAGGACGACGGGAUCCUGUGCUGUCAGGGUGAGUGCCAAUGGCUGCAUCUGGACCUCAUCAAGGAGAUGCGUCACUUCUGCAAGUCUCUGUUCCCCGUUGUGGAAUACGCCUACUGCACCAUCCCCACCUACCCCAGCGGCCAGAUUGGCUUCAUGCUCUGCAGCAAGACCCCGAGCACCAACUUCCGGGAGCCAGUGCAGCAGCUGAGCCAGGAGCAAGUUGAGAAAAUGAGCCUCAAAUACUAUAACUCGGACGUCCACCGCGCAGCCUUUGUGCUGCCCGAGUUUGCCCGCAAGGCCCUGAGCGACGUGUGAGGAGACCUCUGCCUACUUUGGUCUCUUCCAGGGACUUCAAGCCACAAGCGCCCAUUCCAAGAUGCCCCUCUUCCUGCUCUGAGGGCAUCGACUGGCACUCGGCACCCCCUCCCGAUGGAGGACCUGCCCCUCGCCAGCCAUCUUGCCCGCUGACCAAGUGUUACCGAACCCAGGACAUGAUCGAGGGGCUCCCCGUGCCAUGCUCUGCUGGGCGGGUGGGGGGAGAGUACAAGAUGUCUGUAUGUCUGUCUCUGUCUGUCCAGUCUGGUCAAUCAGCGUCUCUUAUAUUGAUCAUCUGUGUACAGAGCGAUCCUUCUCACCUCUAACAGGCCCCUCAGCAAACAGUGUAUUUAUAACUGA